GGCUGGUUAUUGCGCAUGCGCUGCCGCCGCCGCCGCGGCCGCCGGGAGAGCGAGUCCGUAGGAGGGGGCGCGGCCGGGAGGAGGCGGCGGCGCGGACUCGGUUUCCCGUCGCGCCCCUCGGCCGCCCCCCGGCCAUGUAAGCGCUGCUCGGCGAGCGGCCGCCCCGUUUCCUGGUCGGGCUCCGGCGGCCAUUUUGGGCUGAGGCGCAGCGCGGAGGCCGCGGAGCGGGCGCGGGCGGACGGGCCGAGCCGAGCGCCGGGCGAUCGCGGCUCCCUCGGACCAGCGCACCGCGGAGCGCCUGCCUCGGCGGCGGGAGGUGCCGCCGCACCGCCCCCUCACAGCGCGCUCGCCGUCCCUCGGGCCGCGGGCCCCACGGACAUGUCCAGCAUGAACCCCGAAUAUGACUAUUUAUUCAAGCUACUUCUGAUUGGAGACUCCGGUGUUGGGAAAUCUUGCCUUCUACUUAGGUUUGCAGAUGACACGUACACAGAAAGCUACAUCAGCACGAUUGGUGUGGACUUCAAAAUCAGAACUAUAGAACUAGAUGGGAAAACAAUCAAGCUUCAGAUAUGGGACACGGCGGGACAGGAGAGGUUUCGGACUAUCACUUCCAGUUACUAUAGAGGAGCUCAUGGCAUCAUAGUUGUGUAUGAUGUUACAGAUCAGGAGUCUUUCAAUAAUGUCAAGCAGUGGCUGCAGGAGAUAGACCGCUAUGCCAGUGAAAACGUCAACAAGUUGUUGGUGGGGAACAAGUGUGAUCUGACCACAAAGAAAGUAGUAGACUAUACAACAGCAAAGGAAUUUGCAGAUUCUCUUGGAAUUCCGUUUUUGGAAACCAGUGCAAAGAAUGCCACAAAUGUAGAACAGUCUUUCAUGACCAUGGCUGCCGAGAUUAAAAAACGAAUGGGUCCGGGAGCAACAGCUGGUGGUGCAGAGAAGUCCAAUGUUAAAAUUCAGAGCACUCCAGUCAAGCAGUCUAGUGGAGGUUGCUGCUAAAACUUGCCUCCCCCCUUUUGUCUCACAACAAUGAAUUUGCAAUCUGAACCCAAGUGAAAAAAAAAAAUUUGCCUGAAUUGUACUGUAUGUAGCUGCACUACAACAGAUUCUUACCGUCUCCACAAAGGUCAGAGAUUGUAAAUGGUCAAUACUGACUUUUUUUAUUCCCUUGACUCAAGACAGCUAACUUCAUUUUCAGAACUGUUUUAAACCUUUGUGUGCUGGUUUAUAAACGUGUAAUCCUUGUUGCUUUUCCUGAUACCAGACUGUUUCCUGUGGUUGGUUAGGAUGUAUUUUUGUUUUGAUGUUUCUAUUGGCAUGUUUAGAUGUCAGGUUUAGUCUUCUGAAGAUGAAGUUUAGCCAUUUUGUAUCAAACAGCACAACAGUGUCUGUCACUUUCCAUGCAUAAAAUUUAGUAAGAUAUAUGUAAGAUCUGAUUUGCUAGUUCCUUCUUGUAGAAUUAUAAAUGGAGAGAUCACACUAUCUGAUUAAUAGUUUCUUCAUACUCUGCAUAUAAUUUGUGGCUGCAGAAUAUUGUAAUUUGUUGCACAAUAUGUAACAAAACUGAAGAAAUGUUUAAUAAAUAUUGUACUUAUUAGAAGUAAUAUCAAACUGUAUGGUGAUAAAUAUUGUCUUAAUUUGUAUGGCUAAGGGGGAAAUCAGGCUUGCAUUGUGCACAAAACAACAUAUCUGUGUGUGCAGCCAUGGCUCUCAGACCUUCCCUGCAACUCGCCCAGUGACUGUGGCCCCAAAGCCCGAGCUGUCAUGGUGCUUAAGGCACGAGUGCUGUACCAGAAACACCCAGCCAAGGUUCACAAGGCAUAAUGCACUCUGAAUGUACAACAGUUCCCUAACUUAGUCUUGGAACUUAAUUUAUUUCUCAAGGACUCUAUGUAGGGAAUUCCCGUCAGCUUUGCAUAGCAGGGGAGAGAACAGUAUUUCCCUAACACGAAUGAUUUCAGUGAAACCUUGAGGAGGUAUGACUUUCUACCAGUAUAUUAUGUCUUUUCUAUAUACUGUUACUUCCAUCCUCUUUUAAUCAGUAUCUUCUGACUUAGUGCAACAGCUUAGCUUCUGUUCCCUUCUGCAGCGAGGCACCAGGAGGGUGACAUGGGGAUAGCAAGGCCCCCACCAUACUGUUGCUCAAAGUAGGCGCUUUCUCAAACAAUUUGGAACUAACCAGCAGCCAAGAGGUUUUGGAUGGUGUGUGAUUCUUUGUACAGAGCUAAUCAAAUCAUUAGUGCCUGAUGUCUAGCUAAAAGCCACAGGAAAGCUAGCCUAUAACACUUCCUAUACAUGUAAAAUUGUUCAGCUUUAUCUAAACUCAAAUGUUCAGCCUAUUCUGUAAAUAGUCUCAUGUUUGAAAGACCAUGUAACAUUCCCCUAGUAGUAAAUACACCCUGUGAUAGUAAAAAUAUAGCCUAGGUAUGUUGUGAGGUAUAAACUAAAACUGGUGCAAAUAUCCUCUGAUUUUUUUUUUUGGGGGGGUGACUUUGGCUAACAGCUUUCUUCAACAUAGUUGCAUAAAUCAACAGGCAAUUGUAAUACAUAAAGUAUUGUCAUGGUUAAGUUGAACUCUUCCACUUGAGACCUUCACAAUAAAGUGAUGUGCUUUCUAGUAGAGAUGUGCUUGUUGGUAUAAUUCAUUAUAAAUGUGACCUGCUGCUCUCAGGAGCAGGAGGAGCAGUGAGAGCUGCUGAGAUCAGGACGUGAAGCAGAAGGAGGUGUGUUGAGGGUAAAACAUCUUCCCUGCAGAGAGUGCACAAAUGAACUUCAAUGUCGAGAUGCCUGCUACAUACUAUCCAAACCAAUGUUAAUAUAUACAGUAAUAAAAGCAUUGCAAAACCA